UGGGAAGCUUGGAAAUACCCACGAUUUGCUUCUUCUGCUGGUACAUUAUUGAAGGGUUUUCCUUUUGCACGGAGCUGUACCAUACCAGUUCGUACCGGUACACUACCCUGCCGCACCAUAGCAUAUCUUGCCCGCUUCAACCUUACAGCCCGCCGAAGACAACCUUGUCCAAAAUAUUUCUGCAACCCUGACUAUACCUGCCGUCACUCUUAUUCGGUGAGAAGGGUGGGAGAAUGAAUCGUCAGAGUGUUAGCAUGUCCGAUCAUCGGGACGCAAGAGGUCAAAGAAUGCCACUGCCUACUCAACAUGAUUCCCCUUGGGAGCAUGUACUCCCGUCCCAGCGCCCACACCUAGCUUCCCAAGCGGGACUUGAAGGGGGAGUUUUUAUAUCUAGAGCCACAUCUCUCGAAUUACCCCCCCCAGGAGAUUUACACGGUCAAUUGAACAGUUCCGAAAGUGCUUCUCCCAUGUCUGCGUAUUCGAGUGGAAGCAUCCACAGUCAUGGCUAUGAGAGCGGCGACUCGCCACCGCCCUCAGCCCGGGAAUGGGAGCAUUCAGACCGUGAAAAUUCUAGUUGGUCUAUACCUUCGUUGGCUCCUCGGGGUACGAGUGCUGGCGCGACGUCCCCAUCUAGCGCGGGAAAUUUCACCGAGACAUCAAGCAACAGGGAAGGCUUCUCCGAGACUGCGGGGAGCAACGGUAGCUCUCCGUACUCUGGUGCCUCCGAACAGGACGAUUCCGGUGCAGCUGCUGAGCCUGAGGCAAGGUCGAUCUCUCAGGGCCACCCGACUUCCAAUCGGCCUCGUCCUUUUAGUAGAAAGUCGAAGGCAGGAAACCAACAUACCGUUACGCCAUCUGCCGCAGGCCCUCACGGGGGAUUUAUCUGCUCGUUCAAGACGGGGGGUUCUACCUGUGGACGCUCGUUCAAGCUUCCUUCUGAUAUGAGAGCACAUUUGAUUGAGAAACAUAUGUCCUUCUCCCCCUUUCAGUGCGAGACUUGCAAAAGGGUCUAUACAAGGAAGUCCCUUUACACUCGGCAUCUGAAGGGCGUUGAUCAGACUAGCUCUCAGCAAACACGAGGCCAUAGUCGACAGUGUCCAAACAGGGCGAUGGAAGCCGAUGAUGCAUUCUACUAUCGAAAAGAGACUUAUGCAGCUCUGUGGGCUAUUCAGACUACCCAAGAGCAAGUUGAGAAGGCCGUCAACACUAUCGAGACGCAUAACGGAAUGCUUCCUAGCAGAAGGAGACGGACCCAAAAUCAAAAUGAAACCGAGCCUCCCGAGACGCGGCCACCCAUCCAUGGGUCUACACCUCCAUUUGGAACUCACCCACAAGUUUCAUCUCAGAUAUUUACGCCGCAGCAAAGUCCACCUUACACUCAGUCUUACCCAUCAGGUCUGCCUAGGAGUGACUAUUUCUCCCACAGAGUGCCCUCAGCCUUUCCAACCCCUACGGAGACUGGAGCCACAGCCAGAAGAAGCCCACUUGCAGGCCCCGCUCCUUACCAGUCCCCGGCGCCCUACCAAGGCCCACAGGAAGCACCAAUGAUACCUCCAGGGGACGGGAGGGGGUACAUAAACACAGAUGCGGGCCAACCAUUGUAUGGCCCCACCUCAAUCUACGCCAGAGAAUACAUGGCACAGCUUGAGCAAUCAGACAACAUCGAUCCAAACGUGCUCCAGCAUGUCACAACUGCUCCUCAUCGUACCGCGUGGGAGGCACCCAGACAAGACUAUCCUGCUUGGCCUGCGACUAGAACUGGUGGACACAGACAGCAAGUGCUGUACUCAAAUCAAGGGUUCAAACAAGAUGAUUAUCACUACCAAUCGGGCACACGGAACGACGAAUCCCAGCCCAAUGUGUUUAAUCCGGCCGCAAUCCCUAGGAAUGUGUCCACCCCGGAUCAGUUCCAUGAACGAAACCCCAAAACGGGAGGAGCAUGAGGGUCCGAGAAGGUGUUUGAGUUAGUUCAUGAAUCAUGAGGAUGUUUCUUUUCUUUCUUUUCUUUUUCAGCGGGAUUUCUGGUUUUUGGGACUGGCUUUUGGUGCAGGCAGGGGGGUUAGGCAUUUCUGGGACAUUUGGAGUGGAGAUAUGGUAGAACUAGCAGUUAUUCUAGGUCUUCGAUUUUGUUUCUUUUCACCGAAUCUCUGUGUAAGUUGUGUUAAACGACCAAUGAAGUAAAUAGAGGGAUCCGUGAAUAAAAAUAGAGGGGAAAAAAAGGGACAAUACUGGCAAGGUCCGCCCCAACCAAAAUCACGCGAA